AAGGAAGACAAAGGGUGAGGAGGGCCAUAGAGAGGCAGCUGGGGCCAUAGGCACUUCAGAGGGGUUGUCUUUAGGGUAGGGCCAUAGGCACUUGGAAGGGGGUGUCCUUAGGGUAGUUCGUAAUUAUGCCCUUUUUGUUUGGAGGUCCUGUGACAGGGAUGUAUUGAAGGGGAGGUAUUUAUGUUGUUAGAAAUCUCAGUUUAACUGCAUGUCUCUGCCCUUUUUCAUUCUCAGUGUUGUGAGUCUGCCUGUCUGCGUCUAAGGGAACGAGCAGGUUAGCUUGACUGUGAACCAUUCACUGAAAAGGAUUUAAUAUUUCGGAAGAAGUGGUACUUUUUCACAAUAAGAAUACCUGACUUGUCAUUUGAAAACAAGACAGUCUUCCAACCUACUGCCUUGUUGUAUGCUUGUGAUCAGAAUUGUGACACAGCUUAAAAGUUGAACAAAUAGAUGGAGAAUCCGCUGAGCUUUGGCCUGACUCUCUUCCUAACCCUCGGUCUGGUCCUGUCCGAGGUGGGGGGGCAGAAGGAAGACGUCCAUGGGGGGAGUCCUCAGAAGCCUCGCUCGUCCGAAACAAAGCCGGGCCGCUGCUCGUACACCUUCAUCGUUCCCCAGCAGAAGCUCAAGGGGGCCCUAUGUGUGAACACAGAGUCUGCCGGUGCCAACCACACCGAGUUGGCGGCGCUGCGGGCAGCGCUGAGUCGGCAGCAGGGGCAGCUGGAGAAGCUGCAGGGGCAACUGGAGCAGGAGGGGGCCCUGGUCACCGAACUGAGGGCGCUGCGAAAGGAGAGCAGCAGCAUGAACGCCCGCAUCACCCAGCUUUAUGCCCAGCUACUGCAUGAGGUCAUCCACAAAAAGGACCAGGCGUGGGAGCAGCAAAGGCUAGAAAGCCUACUGCUCAAUGCCACGACGCAGGUUCUGCAGGUAUCCAGCAGCUACAGGGAGCUGGAGAAGAAGUAUGGAGUCCUGACGUCCAUGAUGGUCAACCAGAGCCAGCUCAUCGCCCAUUUGGAGAAGCAGUUUCGGACCAAAGACAUAACUCCGCCCCUUCAGGUGACCUCUCCGCCCACAAGACCCCAGCUCAAUGACAGCUCUGCUCCCAACCAAAUGACUAACAAUGUUCAAAGAGACCAGGGUGCCCCUCCCCUACAGAAGGAACAGUCCCAGGAGACCAACGUUCUCCCCACCAAUAUGCCCAGUGUCUCCACAGAACCCACUUUCAUCAGCUUUCCUGUCACCAAGACCCCAGGUCCCUGGCGGGACUGCCAGCAUGCUUUGGACUCAGGCGAGGCCACCAGUGGGAUCUAUCUGCUGCGCCCACAGAGUGCCAACCGUCUCCUGCAGGCGUGGUGCGAGCAGGCCCAGGCCCAGGGCGGCUGGACCGUCAUCCAGAGGAGACAGGACGGAUCGGUCAACUUCUUCAGAAACUGGGAGCAGUAUAAGCAAGGCUUUGGAAACCUGGAUGGAGAGUACUGGCUAGGACUAGAGCACCUGUACUGGCUGACCAAACAGGCCCACUACAAGCUACGGGUGGCCAUGGAGGACUGGCAGGGCCGGCACGUGUUUGCUGAGUACAGCAGUUUCCACCUGGAGCCAGAGACUGAUUGGUACCGUCUGAGACUAGGAGAUUACAGUGGCAAUGCUGGGGACUCUCUCUCCUGGCACAACAACAGGGCAUUCACCACUCUGGACCGGGACAAGGACGGCUACUCCGGAAACUGUGCACACUACCAGAAAGGGGGCUGGUGGUAUCACAUGUGUGCCCACUCCAAUCUGAAUGGAGUCUGGUAUCGAGGCGGGCACUACCGGAGCCGCUACCAGGACGGAGUGUACUGGACAGAGUUCCACGGGGGCUCCUACUCCCUAAAGAAAGUCACCAUGAUGAUCAAACCUACAUAACCCACUGCCUGUCCAUAGGCAGGUGAUGAAGAAAUGCAGCUGAGUGUCCAGUGUGUGAGCAUGUGUACUGUAUUUCAGAAGUUUCACUUUGCACCAUCUAUGUUGAAACACUUUAAAAACACAUUUUAAAGAGGAAACAUUCUAUAUACGUUAUCGGCCAUCAUUUCAGAUCAGACGCUGAUGUGAGUGUUGAAGGUAAAAUGUUUAGAUGCUUGCCAAUGGAUGAUAACAGUGAGAAUGACUGGUAUUUAAAUUGUUUGUCUAGCAAAACCUGCUUUGGUGAUUUGGUUGUACAUAUUGUACAUACAUACCAAUAAGGGCAAUAUGAAUAGACAGUACAUUUGUUUUAGAACUUGGUGGCAGAAACACGAACAAGAGUAUUGUUUUUUUUAAGUCACAUGUACAUGACCCAACACUCAUAUUUUCUGCAUUGCAUUUUUUUAAAUAAAAAAGAUCCAUCUACA